UACAGAGCAGUUCCAUGCUUAUUACUGAUUAGUCAACUACACUAUUGGAUUGUGUAGUAAUUAAGCACACACUUCCUCUAAAUCCUUUCAAAAUAAAAGCACCAAGCCUAAUAAUUAGCUUUAAUAGCAAUAUUUCUGCUUUUGGCUGAGUAAUUAUGACUGUUUAAAGAUUUAACAGUUUAGUAAUUACCCACACAUACUUCCUCUAUGUCCUUUCAAAAUAAAAGCACCAAUGCAAUUUAUUAUCUUUAACUGCACUUUUUUGUCUUUUGAAUGGCUAACUAUGACUAUUUAAAGACUAACUGACAGUUAUUGACAGUUACGUUAUUACCCCCACACAUUUCCUCUAAAUCCUUUAAAAAUAAAAGCAGGUUUCUGAACUCUGUCAGGCAGCUUGACGUAUCACACCCACAUGCACAGCGCUGGAGACCAAGAGGUAAGUAUAAGUUCAUUAUCCAAGAUACAAGCAGAGGUCGAGGCACAAAAGCAGACAGCGUAAGUACAAAAGAAGCAGGCAAAAAGGGGUGGUCAAAAGACAGGUUGGGUUGGCACAAGGUAAGCUCAGCCACGGAACAGAAGGACACGGCAAAAGAAAAUCUAAUCUGGCAAUGAUCAGACAAUAGGCGCAAAUGCUGGAAAGAGGGGAGAACUCACAACAAUCUGGCAAAGGCAUGAGGUGAGUAUCGGGAACUAAAUGCCAAGACUAAUUACUGAUUGAUAACAGCUGAUGGAUCAUGUGACCGGAAGUUAAACUGGAACUUAACAUGGUGUGGCCAUACAAAAUGGUGGCUCAAGUCUAAGGAUGUUCCUGGAACCCAAGUCAGAGUUGGAUACGGAACCUUAAAAUUAACUAUUCUGAUUCUAGUGGAGAAGAAAAACGGAAAUAACUACAAAAUAAAACAGGAAAUUGGCACGAAAAAAAAAAUAAUGCAGAGACGUGACAAACUCACUCCUGGAUUUGCCUGACGCACAGGCCAGACAAACAACUCUAGACUGGGCCAGGGAGAUUUGUCACGCUACUACCUGGUUGUCGGACUGUGAAGGAUUUUUCUGGUGACUCGUUGGAUUGCUCCCAGACUCCAUCAUGUUCUGCUGCAGAUACACAGAUUGCUCUUCGUUCUGCUGCAGAUUAAGGAACUGUUUCACUUCCCCUUGUUGCUGUGAUGAACCUGGACUGUUCCUGUGUUUUUUUUGGUUUUCCACAUUCACUUCCUGCUUUAUUUUGGUUGCAUUUCCGGGUUCUGUUCUGUCAGGUGACUUUGUGUCAGUCUCCCAGCUGUGUCCCAUUUGUAAUCACCUCCCUGCAUUUGAGCAACUGCCAUCUUUUGUUCUCUGCCAGUUAGUUUUUGUCAUGCACCUGGUUUGUCAGCCUUCCAGUCUUUUCGAAAACCAAACAAUGGAUCAACAUUUACACUCCAACACUGACCAAACACCAGAGGACACCUCAAAGGAAGAACAUCCACUGCAAGCCCAGAAACGGGACCAGAAUCCUGAGAGUCUGAAAGGGCAUCAGGGCCAUAAGCUGCCAGUAGCAGGCCCGGUCCCAGGUCACUACUGGACUGAGCAUCAGGGUCCGGACCAGGCCCAGAACGAUGUCGGCAGCGUCCCAGUGCUGCUGAUCACUCAGACGGAGGUGCAGCCACCAUUGCAUCCAGUGAGUCCAUCAGGACCAGCGGAGCUCCUGCUGUGCACAGAGCCCAGUCUAAGCUCCAGGACUGACAGCUUCGACCUCCUGUCUCUGAAGAGCGUCUCAGUGUCGCUGUGCAGCGAGCCAGUGGCCUCCAGGAGGAGCGACGAGGACGACACCAGCAGCGUGACAGCUUCCUCCUUUUUGUCUCUGUUCCACAGGGUGCAGCUGGAUCCGCUGGAGAAGGACUGGAUGAGGUGCUCUGCUGCAGGGAACAUGGAUGCUCAGCACCAGUUGUUCGUUCAGGAGCCCAGUUUGCUAUUCAAGAAGGAUUUCAUCACUGUGAGUAUGUCAUGUCAGCUCAGUGUUACAGUGGGUUCCCCCGUUGUCUAUUCAGGACCCUAGGAACCCAUUGUGGUUGCCUUGUCGUGUGUUAUUAGAAGCUUUUUCCUCUUGGCAACAACAGAUGACAGAAAGUGUGUUGUAGUUGGGAAGUUGUGCGACAGCUCUGAUGGUUCCUAGUUAACAAAGUUCCCGAGGCUCUGAAAGGAAACGUGAGCAGGCCCGGCUUUGGGCCUACCUGCCGGAGGGGGUGUCUGGUUCGUGAUCCAGUGACUGAAGGACUCGCUCUGAUUGUGUCUCUCUCUUCUCUCACACCAUCCCUGACAACUGUGCUUGAUAUCAACCUACUGCUCAAGGGGGUGAGUUGUGUUUUCCUGUAGUUGAGCAAAUGCUAAUCAUGUAAACAGGUGAACAACCAGAACUCAACAACAAUUAGCUCAGUGUGGACAUGUGGACGUGUCUGCUCUUUGAGGAGCUGGAGGAGGAGGCAGAGGCCUAUAAACUCCAGCUCAUUUAGAGCCAUUCUUCUCUGGCAUGUUUGAAGUGAACCAGCGGUGGCGCUGCUCCUCAAGCAGCUGACAGCUCAGAACGGCCGCCGGCUAACGCAUACAAAAAAAACCUCUGCGGAUUUUUAUCACAACUUGUGUUUCCAUCGUGCCACGUGGCUGGAUCAGUGAACGACAUGGACCCUCUGAAGUGGUAAUAUGUCUCAUUAGGAAGUUAAAGCAAACGACAAAAACGAGACCUCAACAGCCACAAAGACUAACCAAACGACACAAAGCAGGAGUAAGACCGAACCAGCGGGCCCAGCAGGGAUCACGUCUCUCCGGAUGGGGGUCUCGCUCCAGUAUAAGAUGGUUCACAGUUCUGUGUCCAGAUGCUGUGCUAGGAUGUAGACUCCAUGCUCAUUAGGGGCUAGCGUGCUCUGAGCCCUGCAGCUUUAGCAGUAGGGAAGUGUAAUGAUAGUGUAAUUACAUGGUAAUUAAUAUCUGAGCAAACAGGCGCCUGAGGAAAGCUGCCCGGCUCCUCCACAGAUGGGAGGGACCGAUAAUUUCUCCACAAUCAGCCUGAGGAUUGGUUCCUCCCAAACACCUGAUUUCACAGUUUGGAGCUGAGGAUUUGGAAAUUAGGCGACAGGGAUGACGCAGGAUUGUCCUUGUUUAGGGUGAGUGCAGUGUGAGACGGUUCUUCACGUCCACUGUUUGAAACAAGCCCAUAUGGUGGAGCCAAUGUAGGUCGACUUUGAAACCUCACAAGUGGAAUUUUACACAGCGUUUCAGGCUCUGAGCUUCCCAUUCAUGGGAAGGUUCCCUCCAUAUGGACCCAUUCCCCACGGCUGUCUGGACCUCCCCAUGCAGAAGCAAUAACAUCAGUGGUGUAACCCUUACAUCUUACACUUCUUUUCAUGCCUCACUUGAUCAAAACAGACAGAGUGCAAUCUCUGCUUUUGAUGUGCUUUUCCAGUGCCGAUGCCUCAGCUUGUCUCUCCACAGCCUCCACAGCGCCACCAGCACACAGUGGCCUGCUGUGGGCAGACAGUUGGCAGUUUGUGCUCGGUCACCGUCUACGCUCGCCUCCUGCAUCUGUGGAGUCAGUGGUGCCUCAGGCCAUCUGUCCAUCAUAGUGCCAGCUUGGUUUAAACCUUGGCUUCAGGCCUGUGACAAUGCCUGGUUUCAGGAUAUAAUUUGUUUAACUGCAGCUAACAGUAAAAAUUAUUGAAAACUUAUUGAUCCCAGCAGUUCAGGAAAAUUAUCUGUGCAUUUGACGUGUCCGCUGGGGGGCAGUGGACAGCCAUGAUGCGGCUGGGGGAUCGAACAGAGGAUCGAUGCUUUAGCUACUGAGCUACCACUCCAGGCCUUCCUGCUGCUAUAUGAAGCUAGUUAGCACGUUAAUGAACCUGGUGCUUCAGGGGUUCUGUCCUUCAAACGCUCUCUUCCAGUCAAAUGUCGUCACUGGUCAACACUGUGGCUCAGGUGGAGGCUCAAACAGCCUCACCACAUGUCAAGAGUCGGCCAGGUGACGCAGGGUUCAGUUAGCACCUUCUAAUGAAAGUGUGCCCCCCGCCGCUCGGGGCUCAGCAGUCAGUCUGCAUCAGCACGCCAACACAAACACACCAACAAAACAAAGCUCUUCUAACUCUUCCUUCCCGCCUCCCCCGAAGACCACGUCCCACUCAAUUGUCAGCUGAAGGAGAAACAUAGGUGUGAGCUAAUUAAAUGAGCAGAAGACUGCUUGGAGCAAUGUUUGAUCCAGUUUGGAGCUCUGAGAGGGAGAAGGUCCAAUAACAGACAGGCCCAUACACCAGUCACCCCCAUCUCAGCCAGGACAGGAGGUUAGUUGUACAUCUGAAACCUGUUUUUAACUCAGACCUGCUAGUAGCUGCAGCCAAAACAAGGAUCAGGAUACACACGCUUUGUUUGCUCUAUUGGCGUCACUGUGUAUGUGCGUGUAUAUGUGUUCAGCUACUUGGACCUGACCUUUUUAUCUCUGUCUCUGUGGCCUCCUGCUUUCCACCAUCUGAGAAAUGUCCAGUUUGUAAGUUGUGCACUUUACAGUAAUGUCACUGAGUGUCUGUUGAGCAGAUUCUGUGUUAAACAUCAGCCAACAUAAAACACUGAAAUGCAGACAAUGACAAAAAAAACGGUCAGGUGAGAUGUCAGGAGUCGAGGGGUCAGAGCACCAUGCCACACCUGGUGGUAAAGUGCUCAAACACACAAACACACCACCCAUUGGGGGUGCGUUCCUAUUUGUUUACAUGUAACAACUUUUCUUCUGUCAGGGAUGAAGAAAAGAAGUUUAAGUCAAUAAUCAAAUCCUUCAUGGCCAAUUAGUUUGAAAAGAUUUGACACACGCACACUGCUGUGUGUUAAUGAGAGUUACUGUACUGCUAAAGAGGCCGGUUGUCACUUGUUGUAUUAAACAGGACUGUGUAAUCAGGAACCAGGACCAAGGGUUCGAUGAGAUCAUUACACAAAGCCAUGUUUACUACUUGACACUGUGUGU